CCAACAAGAAACCACUGUAGUAGGAACCAUAACGGCAACAUCACGUGGACCUACUGUAACUAUUACUCAAACAACAACAUCAAGUAAAUCUUCCCCUACGUUUACAUAUUCUCCUUCUUCUCCUCCCACUACAAAGUCUACUUCCACUACUACUAUUAUUUACACUAAAUCUAAAAGCCCUAUGUAA